AGGGCAGAGUGACGGCCGUACCCGCCAGACCAGACACAGCGCUGUCGUUCCUAGUUAAGCGCCGCGUUCCGUCCACACCGCGUUCGAAGGUACGAUCGGAGAAAACUUCCCAAAAAGCCCCGAAGCAAACGGUCCCCGCACACCCCCCAGGAGAGAGAGGAAAGAACGGUGGAAGAAUAUCCGCCAGUGUUUUGUUCCGAGCACGUACACGUUAACAUGUAGGCUGCUCGCCAUCCCGUGUUCCGUAGUGUAAGCCACGAAUCGAACCGCUUUUUUGUUGUGCGAGUAGUGUAUAUAAGUAGGUUGAGUCACCUGAAAAACCCCGCCGAUCGAAAGAAAAAAAGAAAAAGAAAAUCGGGCUCCAAGUUCUCCAGGAUCCGGUCCGAAGAAGGAAGCGUUGGGUCGUGAUCGUCGCAGAAAGGGCAAACGAAGGGCUGACGUUUCAGAUUUGCUGAUCUCUGGCGCUGCGUUCGUCCGAUUUCGUAAUGUGAAGUGUGGUGUCCGAAGCAAAAAGGUGAUGGUGGUGAUGAUCGCAUAAGCGAGCGCUGUUACGAAAACAGAUCGUUCGGCCAAAGUGUAAUAGGGUUCGAGAAUUGAAGAUAUUUCAAGUGAUAUCCACUCACCUACGCAGUGAGUCCUUGCGAAACGAAAGCAGAAGUGAGUUCUGCCUGUGUGUGUGUGUCGGUGGAUGAGAAGUGAUUGAUUUGAGGAGAUAUUCUUCCGACGGUUCUGCCAGCGAGACGACGCCACAGCUCUUGGAGAAAGGAGGAGAUCGAGAUAUACGAGCAGUAGUAUGGGGAGUAACUGCUGCAAGGGAGAAGCGGGCACUCAGGUGUACAAAGGCAAUGGCACGGAGAUAUCGAUAGGACCUCGUCGACAGAAAAGCCCGGUCUACGCGGAGAUGAUGCGUGAGGAAACAUUCCAAGUGGACGAAACGCCACACUAUGGAGCACCAUUUUUCCUAAGGAAGCUUAGUGACUAUACGGUGCUGGUGGGCACGAAGGCAAAACUAUCCGUGCACAUUUCAAACACUGCCGACGUGAAGGUAACGUGGUACAAAGACGACGCACCGCUUGUCGAGUGUGAGCGGUACGUUUGCACGGGCAAGGGCCAGCUACACUCGCUAGACAUUGUCACCGUGCUGCCCGAGGAUAAUGCCAAAUGGUCCUGCCAGGCGGAGAAUUUGCUUGGAAAGUGCGUGUGCAGUGGGCAGCUGACAGUGCGAGUGCCCGAAACCUACAAAGCGCCGGAGUUUGUCGACGAGCUGCGUGCUAUUCUCACCAGCCAGGGUACGAUCUCGCUCGAGUGCAAAGUGAUCGGCUACCCGACGCCGGAACUGCGCUGGUUUAAAGACUCGAAAGAGAUCAAGGCGGGCGACAUGUUCGGGCUUACGAUCAACGGUGGCGAUUUGGCAUCGCUCGGCGUGUACACCUGUGUGGCGACGAACUGUGUCGGCAAAAGCAGCUCCAGCUCGAAAGUGCGGGUACAGGAGCAGGACACAACGACGAAAGAAAAAACGAUUGAUAAAAUUUCACCGGUUUUUAUCGAAGAACUCGAAAAAGUUAAAGGCAAAAUCGGCGAUCGAUUGGAGCUGCGCUGUAAAAUCAAUAUGUCGGCAGCUCCCAUGAGCGUUCGAUGGUACAAUCAAAAUGGCCUGAUUGAAGCGAACGAAAAGUAUUCUAUAUUCGACGACGGUUUGGGUUGCUUCCUUGUCGACAUCAGCGCGGCGGAGCUGUGCGAUGCCGGCGAAUGGAAGUGUGUCAUAACGUGCAAGGACGGUUUAAUAGGCAUUACGACCAACGUGGUGGAACUGGAUGUACCCAGAAACUACCGGGCGCCUCGUUUCAUGGAAGGGCUGAAAGCGGUCAUGACCGACGAAGGACUCGUGUCGUUCGAGUGUAAGGUGAUCGGAUUCCCGACGCCCAUCCUGCGCUGGUACAAGGACGGCCGGGAGCUAAAACCGGGCGAUGUGUACCAUCUGACCGGUGUGAACUCGCUCGGCUCGUACUGUUGCGUGGCUAGAAACAGUCUGGGGGAAGCAUCAAGCACUACCUUCCUUUCGGUGAACGACAUCAAGGCACAGCUGAACGAGGAAGAGUGGCUUAACUUGCUGCAGGUGAACCAAGCGCCAGUGUUUAAGACGGGCCUGAACAGUCGCGAUGUAAGCAUUGCCGAACCGUUUAGACUAUCGGUCGUCGUUAGCUCGGUAUCGAAGCCCACGGUGAACUGGUACAAGGACGAUCUGGUGGUGGAAGGUUCGGACAACUACAAACUAUCCGCCGACGAAAGUACGUACACGUACAACAUCGACGUGGUAGUGGCGCAGUUGGACGAUCAGGGCGAGUGGAAAUGCGUAGCGACGAACGAGUUUGGACAGGCGGGAACGUCCUGCUUCGUGAAGCUGAUCAUACCGAAGCACUACCGUAAGCCCAAGUUCUUGGAGAACUUGAAAGCGGUCAUGCUGCGCGACGGCACAGUCAAUCUCGAAUGUAAGGUGAUCGGUGUGCCACAGCCGGUGCUAAAGUGGUACAAGGAUGGUACGGAGCUGAAGCCGGGUGAUAUACAUCGCAUCAUCACCGGCCAGGACGGUAAAUGUUGCUUGGGAACGUACACCUGCGAGGCGGUGAACUGCAUGGGAUCGGUGAGCAGCACUGCCUCUCUGCACGGCUAUGACGGUAUAGCGGACGAGGGACUGUUGCCUCCGGAAGGAGCGGCACCGCUGGUUAAGGACGCGUCACUCUCCACCAUACACGAGGAACGCACGUCCCAGAUGUUCGAUACGGCCGCUUCGUACGAAAGUGCGGCUAGCAACGGGCGGGAAGAGUUAUCGUUCACGUUCGAUGGAAAGGAAGUGUCGAUAUCGCUGUACGAAACGCCGGAACUGACCAACGACGAGGCACUGCAGAUAGUGCAGAUGUUUGCCGAUCAGCUGCACCAGAACAUUAACGAAAACGAGAACGUUACCAGCAUGCCAUCGUUGCGCUUCGUAAAGGAAACGUCCACCUCGGGGCAGCUGGUGAUGGAGGCACUCGUCAUCGACGUGCCCGUGGUGGAGGAUAGCAAUGUGUUCGAGGAUGACCGCCGCACCGACUUUGACAUCGACGAGAUGCACGACGAGAAUACGUUCACCUUCGAGAGUGGAAUCGCUUCGUCGAAGGUGCGCACCCAUCGGCAGAGCAGCAACGAGCAGGACGAGUUCCGCAGCAUGACAGCGUCGGAUCAUUCGGACCUCGAGCAGGACGUGAUGUUGAGCAUUUUGAGCCGGGACAGCUUGCCGGUGCUUACGAGCCCGGCCAAAACUGUGGACGCCGCGGCGGGCGACGAUACGGCCGAACGGUUGCAGACGCUGGUGGAGACAGUCAUCUUCCAUCUUGCCUCGAUUCGCGAAGAAGUGCGAAACCAAACCGAUCUUGCCAUCACGGCCAACUUCAGGGAACGGAGUGAAAAGAUCCUGGCCGACAUCCUGUAUCCAGUGCAACAGAUACACAAAACCUUGAACGGUGCCGUGGUGCUGGAGCAUUUGCUCGACCCACUAGAGCAUCUGGCCCGUGGGCUGAGUGUGGUGGAAAAGUGUGUACAGAUCGGUGGCUACAGUCGCACGUUUGUGUACCGGACGAGCGUGUGCAUUGUGGAGGGCUGUGGCAAACAGAUCCUGAACUGUCUCACCGAUAUGCGCCUGCUUGCGGGCCAACAGCUUGAGGCAGACUUUGUCACGCAGCAAAAGAUCUACAUGGCACUGCUGGAAGUGCAGACGAGCAUUGAGUCGGCGCUGGAGAGCAUCCAGUCACAGCGCAUCCUGCAGGACGCGGACUCGGUCGCGGCUAUGCAGGACCUGACGAGCAUCGUAACGAACCGUUCCAUCUUCGAGGACAUCGAUUUCAUACUGAAGGCGGACGAACCGAUCGGAGGGCUGCAGAUCAAAAACCUGCAGAUAACGGUGCUGGAGUUCGAAAAGUCCCUUGCUACCAUACUGACGAUUGUUUCGCAGUCGGAAAACUGCAACGUACGGUCGGAAAUCGCAAGGUUUGGACUGACGGAGGUACUGCUAGAGCUGAAGAACAAAACGGAGGUGCUGCUGGUGCAAAGUACCGAGCAGCGGCAGCAAAGAAUAGUGGCGGAAGAAAUGAAACCGGCCGUCAGUGAGUUGAACAGCUUGGUAGAGAUGGUGGAGGCAAACGAGUCUUACGCCGAGGUGAUCACCUGUCUCAACGAUAUGUUUGUGCCGCUGGAGGAGAUGAAGACGGCUCUGGCGAAGCUAUCGAACGAGCUGCGCCACGUGCCGGGAGAAAAGGAGUACAGCAGCAAUCAGGCGCUCGAGCAGCAGAUUGAGGAGUUUUACGAGUUGAUCGUACACCUCAAGGAGGAAAUACAGCGCACGAGCAAGGGGUACACGCACAGUGCGGAUGUGUUUGUGCGGCUCGAAGAUUGCCUCAACCGUCUGUUCUGCAUUCAUACCGCAGACUCGAUUGACGACGAGGAAUGCGCAAGGAUGGAAAUAGUGCUGAUCCAGCUGCUGAUGAACCAUCUCACAAAGAUUGAACUGUCGUUGCAGGAGAAAACGGAGCAAGAGAUGCUUUCGUACCUGUCGACCGCGUUCUUGAAUGUGCACGACAACCUGCAACACUUUAGCUACAUGCGUUCGAACAGCAAGUACGAAAAGAUACGGCAGGAUAUACUGCAGCACGCUCGAAGAAUGGUGUUUUACCUCAUUGAAAAGGAAACUUCCGUCACCUCGACCGAGGAACGACGCAAGGCCAUUUAUGAGAUAGCGCUGGUGUCGAUCCACAGCGAUUCGGCACGUAUGAAGGAUGGGUUGGAAAAGAAUUUCUCCGCGGUGUUGGGCGAUGCUGAUGGUUUACACAGUCUACUGCAGCGCUUCCAUGAGUUUGAUGAAUGCACAACCGCAGUUUUGAAGACUCAUGAGCAGUCUAUAUUUGCCGACAAUGAGGCAGCUUUUGAAUCUCUUCUAAAGCUUGCAACUACCAUGCGACAAUCGUGUGAAACUCUGGAAGAACAAAUAAUGAACAAUUCUUACGAUUCGCACAGGUUUGUCACCUCCUUGGAAGGACUUUAUGUUGCCGCGGACAAUUACAGCCGUAGCAAUGAAAACCACAUGGGGCAGCUGUGUCAUAAUUUGUGUGAGGAUCUGAACGUACUGAUAAUGACUUGGAAACGCCGGCAAGCUAAGAGUACUGAUGUCAGCGAAACUGUAUCCACAAGUACUUUUGAUUCAUUGAAAACAAGUGUAAUCGAGAUCAGGAGAACACUUGAAACUAAAUCUGUAACACUCAACGUUCAGCAGCCACUUGACGUGUUAGAACAAACGAUUACUGAGCUUGAGGGUCAGCCCAUGCAGAUGCAAAGCAUUGAGCUAGUGAAUGCCAUCGCGUCUCCGAUCGCAAAGGUGACCGAGACGCUGAAGAACAUUGACCUGCAAUCGGCCCAGGUAGAGCCGACGGUAGUGCUGGAGGACUGUCUGCUCCAAAUGUGCGAGUCGCUCGAGAAGGCACAGUCCGAGCAUUCCUUGGAACAGGCCAAGGAGAGCACUGCUCACAGCAAACUGCUCGAAACGGUGACUCACGUUCAGCAUGACAUUCGUGAGAGUAUCCAGCAGGAGAAGGACACCAGAGCGAAGGUAUCCCAGAUGCAACAGGGAGCUCUGGAAUCGCUGAAGCAAUCGUUGUCUGAUGUCCAACAGCUCAUCAAGACGGAGAUUGUAGUGAAGGAUGUUUCGAAGCCGUUGUUCGCCUUGGAGAGCACGAUCAACGAGCUCGUGGGUCAGCCCAUGCAGAUGCAAAGCAUUGAGCUAGUGAAUGCCAUCGCGUCUCCGAUCGCAAAGGUGACCGAGACGCUGAAGAACAUUGACCUGCAAUCGGCCCAGGUAGAGCCGACGGUAGUGCUGGAGGACUGUCUGCUCCAAAUGUGCGAGUCGCUCGAGAAGGCACAGUCCGAGCAUUCGUUGGAACAGGCCAAGGAGAGCACUGCCCAUAGCAAACUGCUCGAAACAGUGACUCACGUUCAGCAUGACAUUCGUGAGAGUAUCCAGCAGGAGAAGGACACCAGAGCGAAGGUAUCCCAGAUGCAACAGGGAGCUCUGGCAUCGCUGAAGCAAUCGUUGUCUGAUGUCCAACAGCUCAUCAAGACGGAGAUUGUAGUGAAGGAUGUUUCGAAGCCGUUGUUCGCCUUGGAGAGCACGAUCAACGAGCUCGUGGGUCAGCCCAUGCAGAUGCAAAGCAUUGAGCUAGUGAAUGCCAUCGCGUCUCCGAUCGCAAAGGUGACCGAGACGCUGAAGAACAUUGACCUGCAAUCGGCCCAGGUAGAGCCGACGGUAGUGCUGGAGGACUGUCUGCUCCAAAUGUGCGAGUCGCUCGAGAAGGCACAGUCCGAGCAUUCGUUGGAACGGGCCAAGGAGAGCACUGCCCAUAGCAAACUGCUCGAAACGGUGACUCACGUUCAGCAUGACAUUCGUGAGAGUAUCCAGCAGGAGAAGGACACCAGAGCGAAGGUAUCCCAGAUGCAACAGGGAGCUCUGGAAUCGCUGAAGCAAUCGCUGUCUGAUGUCCAACAGCUCAUCAAGACGGAGAUUGUAGUGAAGGAUGUUUCGAAGCCGUUGUUCGCCUUGGAGAGCACGAUCAACGAGCUCGUGGGUCAGCCCAUGCAGAUGCAAAGCAUUGAGCUAGUGAAUGCCAUCGCGUCUCCGAUCGCAAAGGUGACCGAGACGCUAAGGAACAUUGACCUGCAAUCGGCCCAGGUAGAGCCGACGGUAGUGCUGGAGGACUGUCUGCUCCAAAUGUGCGAGUCGCUCGAGAAGGCACAGUCCGAGCAUUCGUUGGAACGGGCCAAGGAGAGCACUGCCCAUAGCAAACUGCUCGAAACAGUGACUCACGUUCAGCAUGACAUUCGUGAGAGUAUCCAGCAGGAGAAGGACACCAGAGCCAAGGUAUCCCAGAUGCAACAGGGAGCUCUGGAAUCGCUGAAGCAAUCGUUGUCUGAUGUCCAACAGCUCAUCAAGACGGAGAUUGUAGUGAAGGAUGUUUCGAAGCCGUUGUUCGCCUUGGAGAGCACGAUCAACGAGCUCGUGGGUCAGCCCAUGCAGAUGCAAAGCAUUGAGCUAGUGAAUGCCAUCGCGUCUCCGAUCGCAAAGGUGACCGAGACGCUGAAGAACAUUGACCUGCAAUCGGCCCUGGUAGAGCCGACGGUAGUGCUGGAGGACUGUCUGCUCCAAAUGUGCGAGUCGCUCGAGAAGGCACAGUCCGAGCAUUCCUUGGAACAGGCCAAGGAGAGCACUGCUCACAGCAAACUGCUCGAAACAGUGACUCACGUUCAGCAUGACAUUCGUGAGAGUAUCCAGCAGGAGAAGGACACCAGAGCGAAGGUAUCCCAGAUGCAACAGGGAGCUCUGGAAUCGCUGAAGCAAUCGUUGUCUGAUGUCCAACAGCUCAUCAAGACGGAGAUUGUAGUGAAGGAUGUUUCGAAGCCGUUGUUCGCCUUGGAGAGCACGAUCAACGAGCUCGUGGGUCAGCCCAUGCAGAUGCAAAGCAUUGAGCUAGUGAAUGCCAUCGCGUCUCCGAUCGCAAAGGUGACCGAGACGCUGAAGAACAUUGACCUGCAAUCGGCCCUGGUAGAGCCGACGGUAGUGCUGGAGGACUGUCUGCUCCAAAUGUGCGAGUCGCUCGAGAAGGCACAGUCCGAGCAUUCGUUGGAACAGGCCAAGGAGAGCACUGCUCACAGCAAACUGCUCGAAACGGUGACUCACGUUCAGCAUGACAUUCGUGAGAGUAUCCAGCAGGAGAAGGACACCAGAGCGAAGGUAUCCCAGAUGCAACAGGGAGCUCUGGAAUCGCUGAAGCAAUCGUUGUCUGAUGUCCAACAGCUCAUCAAGACGGAAAUUGUAGUGAAGGAUGUUUCGAAGCCGUUGUUCGCCUUGGAGAGCACGAUCAACGAGCUCGUGGGUCAGCCCAUGCAGAUGCAAAGCAUUGAGCUAGUGAAUGCCAUCGCGUCUCCGAUCGCAAAGGUGACCGAGACGCUGAAGAACAUUGACCUGCAAUCGGCCCAGGUAGAGCCGACGGUAGUGCUGGAGGACUGUCUGUUGCAAAUGUGCGAGUCUUUCCACAAGGCACAGUCCGAGCAUUCGUUGGAACAGGCCAAGGAGGGCACUGCCCAUAGCAAACUGCUCGAAACGGUGACUCACGUUCAGCAUGACAUUCGUGAGAGUAUCCAGCAGGAGAAGGACACCAGAGCGAAGGUAUCCCAGAUGCAACAGGGAGCUCUGGAAUCGCUGAAGCAAUCGUUGUCUGAUGUCCAACAGCUCAUCAAGACGGAGAUUGUAGUGAAGGAUGUUUCGAAGCCGUUGUUCGCCUUGGAGAGCACGAUCAACGAGCUCGUGGGUCAGCCCAUGCAGAUGCAAAGCAUUGAGCUAGUGAAUGCCAUCGCGUCUCCGAUCGCAAAGGUGACCGAGACGCUGAAGAACAUUGACCUGCAAUCGGCCCUGGUAGAGCCGACGGUAGUGCUGGAGGACUGUCUGUUGCAAAUGUGCGAGUCCUUCGAGAAGGCACAGUCCGAGCAUUCGUUGGAACAGGCCAAGGAGGGCACUGCUCACAGCAAACUGCUCGAAACGGUGACUCACGUUCAGCAUGACAUUCGUGAGUUAAUACAAUUAGAGAAGAAUGCUAGGGAUAAAGAUAUUGUUGAAUCUUCGGCUAUAAAUGAUCAGCAGCAGGGAGAGGUCGAAGCCAAGGAAAAGAAUGUAGAACAAAUACCUCAAAAAGAGCAAGCAGAGGUUAAAGUCAUGAUGGAACAGCAAGAGAAAGAACUCAAGAAGAAGAAAGCAGAGGAAAAGGUUGAGAAUGAGAAGUCAGAGGAAGAGAUAAAGAACAAGCUGGAAGAAGCCAAGAAGAUAAGAGCAGAAGAAGAGACCAAGAAAAACCAAGGAAAAGAAGAAGUACAGAAAACGAAGGCUGAGGAAGAGGCCACAAAGACACAGGAAGACGAGGACGGCAAGAAACAGAAGGCAGAGGAAGAAGCUGAGAAGAAGAUGGUAGAAGAAGCUAAGAAGAAGGCAGAGGAAGAAGAGGCCAAGAAAAAGAAGGCUGAAGAGGAGGCCAAGAAGAAGAAGGCAAAGGAAGAGGCUGUGAAGAAGGCAGAAGAAGAAGAGGCCAAGAAUAAAAAGGCAGAGGAAGAGGCCAAGAAGAAGAAGACUCAAGAGGAAGAAGCCAAGAAGACGAAGGCUGAAGAAGAGGCCAAGAGGAAGAAGAAGAUUGAAGAAGAAGCCAAGAAGAAGAAGCAAGAAGAGGAGGCUAAGAAGAAGCAAGAAGAGGAAGAAGCCAAGAAGCAGGCAGAAGAAGAAGAGGCCAAGAAGAAGGCAGAAGAAGAGGCCAAGAAGAAGCAAGAAGAGGAAGAAAGUAAGAAGAAGAACGAAGAGGAAGAAGCUAAGAAGAAGAAGGAAAAAGAAGACGCCAAGAAGAAGGCAGAAGAAGAGGCCAUGAAGCAGCAAGAAGAGGAAGAAGCAAAGAAGAAGGCAGAAGAAGAGGCCAAGAAGAAGAAGGCAGAAGAGGAGGUCAAGAAGAAGAAGGCUCAAGAGGAAGAAGCAAAGAAGGAGAAGGCAGAAGAAGAGGCCAAGAAGAAGCAAGAAGAGGAAGAAGCCAAGAAGAAGGCAGAAGAGGAGGCCAAGAAGAAGAAGGCAGAAGAGGAGGCCAAGAAAAAGAAGGCUCUAGAGGAAGAAACCAAGAAGAAGAAGGCUGAAGAAGAGGCCAAAAAGAAGCAAGAAGAGGAAGAAGCAAAGAAGAAGGCAGAAGAAGAGAAAAAGCAAGAAGAGGAAGAAAGUAAGAAGAAGAACGAAGAGGAAGAAGCUAAGAAGAAGAAGGAAAAAGAAGAAGCCAAGAAGAAGGCAGAGGAAGAGGCCAAGAAGAAGAAGGCUGAAGAAGAGGCCAAGAAGAAGAAGGCUGAAGAAGAGGCCAAAAAGAAGCAAGAAGAGGAAGAAGCAAAGAAGAAGGCAGAAGAGGAGGCAAAGAAGAAGAAGGCUCAAGAGGAAGAAGCCAAGAAGAAGAAGGCAGAAGAAGAGGCCAAGAAGAAGCAAGAAGAGGAAGAAGCCAAGAAGAAGGCAGAAGAGGAGGCCAAGAAGAAGAAGGCAGAAGAGGAGGCCAAGAAGAAGAAGGCUCUAGAGGAAGAAACCAAGAAGAAGAAGGCUGAAGAAGAGGCCAAAAAGAAGCAAGAAGAGGAAGAAGCAAAGAAGAAGGCAGAAGAAGAGGCCAAGAAGAUGAAGGCAGAAGAGGAGGCCAAGAAGAAGAAGGCUCAAGAGGAAGAAGCCAAGAAGAAGAAGGCUGAAGAAGAGACCAAGAAAAAGCAAGAAGAGGAAGAAAGUAAGAAGAAGAACGAAGAGGAAGAAGCUAAGAAGAAGAAGGAAAAAGAAGAAGCCAAGAAGAAGGCAGAGGAAGAGGCCAAGAAGAAGAAGGCUGAAGAAGAGGCCAAAAAGAAGCAAGAAGAGGAAGAAGCAAAGAAGAAGGCAGAAGAAGAGGCAAAGAAGAAGAAGGCUCAAGAGGAAGAAGCCAAGAAGAAGAAGGCAGAAGAAGAGGCCAAGAAGAAGCAAGAAGAGGAAGAAGCCAAGAAGAAGGCAGAAGAGGAGAAGAAGAACGAAGAGGAAGAAGCUAAGAAGAAGAAGGAAAAAGAAGAAGCCAAGAAGAAGGCAGAGGAAGAGGCCAAGAAGAAGAAGGCUGAAGAAGAGGCCAAGAAGAAGAAGGCUGAAGAAGAGGCCAAAAAGAAGCAAGAAGAGGAAGAAGCAAAGAAGAAGGCAGAAGAGGAGGCAAAGAAGAAGAAGGCUCAAGAGGAAGAAGCCAAGAAGAAGAAGGCAGAAGAAGAGGCCAAGAAGAAGCAAGAAGAGGAAGAAAAGAAGGCUGAAGAAGAGGCCAAAAAGAAGCAAGAAGAAGAAGAAGCAAAGAAGAAGGCAGAAGAGGAGGCCAAGAAGAAGAAGGCAGAAGAAGAGGCCAAGAAGAAGAAGGCAGAAGAGGAGGCCAAGAAGAAGAAGGCUCAAGAGGAAGAAGCCAAGAAGAAGAAGGCUGAAGAAGAGGCCAAGAAAAAGCAAGAAGAGGAAGAAGCUAAGAAGAAGAAGGAAAAAGAAGAAGCAAAGAAAAAGGCAGAGGCAGAGGCCAAGAAGAAGAAGGUUGAAGAAGAGGCCAAAAAGAAGCAAGAAGAGGAAGAAGCAAAGCAGAAGGCAGAAGAAGAGGCUAAAAAGAAGCAAGAAGAGGAAGAAGCCAAAAAGAAGGCAGAAGUAGAAGCCAAGAAGAAAGCAGAAGAGGCCAAGAAGAAGCAAGAAGAGGAAGAAACUAAGAAGAAGAAGGAAGAGGAAGAAGCUAGUAAGAAGAAGGAAAGCGAAGAAGCAAAGAAGAAGGAAGAGGAAGAGGUUAAGAGGAAGAAGGCAGAAGCAGAAGCCAAGAAAAAGGCAGAAGAUGAUGCAAGGAAGAAGAAGGAAGAGGAAGAAGCCAAGAAGAAACAGGAAGCGGAAGAAGCAAAAAAGAAGAAGGAAGAGGAAGAGGUUAAGAAGCAGAAGUCAGAAGCAGAAGCCAAGAAGAAGCAAGAAGAAGAAGUGGCUAAGAAGAAGGUUGAAAAAGAGGCCAAGAAGAAGCAGGAAGAGCAAGAGACCAAAAAGAAGAUGGCUGAGCAAGAAGCCGCGAAUAAGAAGGCAGAAGAUGCUAGGAAGAAGAAGGAAGAGGAAGAAGCCAAGAGGAAGAUGGAAGAGGACGAAGAAAACAGAAAGAAGAAAGAAAAACGAUCACUAAGGAUCGCUAAGAGCGAUAUUGAGGAAGAGAAAAACGCAAUGGCGGACAUUAGGAGAAACGAUAGACAAUCUCAACAAGAGCAGACAAAACAGAUUACAGAAGACGUAGCGGUUUCGCUCAAGAGGACAGAUGCUUUAAGUUCGCAAUCGUCAAGGUUCGUACGGGAAGAAACGGUCGUUCAUUCUGAUGCAUUGAGCAAUCGGAAUGCGAAGUUGAUUGUGAAAAUUCAGACUCUGUUCGACAACGUCCAUGAAAUGUUGUUGGAAAUCAAGCGCAUGUUCUUGACCAACAAUGCGGGCCGAAACUUGUCCAGUGGGCUGAAAAACGUGAAGCUUGGCAUGCUGUCCUCGGAGGACCUCGAGUAUUGCGAUGCUGAAAUGCCAAUCGUGAAGCUUCUCCACAAUUCCAUCACCACGUUCGUCGAUUCACUGUCCCGGAUCGAUCUGUACUCGGAGCAGCCCGAGAUGUGGAAAGCGUUGGAAGAGAGCGUGCUGCUGAUGGUAGAAUCAUUUGCACAGCUGCAGCAAAGAAGCGAACAUCUGCAGGGAACCGAAUGGAGAACUGUGUUUACGCUCUACAAAACCGUGCUGGUGCUUUUGACUGAAACUAGACAGUGCAUUUAUCAGCGACGGUCCUCGCAGGCGGAAUCCGAGCUUGCGUUGAGCAAAACGAGCGUCGAGCUGCAACUGCUGCUAAAGGAUCUCGAGUACAUUCGGUUGAACUGCACCGAACGGGUGGAUCUUGCCUCCAAGAGCGUUGAAUCAUAUUUUGCUCUAGUCUGCAAAACAUUGACCCUGUUGCAUCCAUGUGUAGAGGCUACCUUGAAGAAGCCGUCGUACUCGACGUGCGUCAACAUGCUGCUGCAGCUUACCGUGCCCGUGCACGAUCUGGUGAAGGAUCUGCCGUCGGGCACGGGCUGGACUGCGCAGUGUAUAACGCCGGCACUGAAGCAUAACUUGAGACAGUUGUAUCGCGUGGUGUCGUUAAUGUCCCAGCAACACAUCACCAGAGUGAGGAACGAGCGUGAGGUGUCGGUCGUGGAGGAGAUCAAGCGUCAUCUGUUAAGCUUAGAUAAGGUCUUGAAGGUGUUGCUCGAUCUGCACAGUAAGCUGGAAAUGCAGAAGGAGCUGUUAGAUACGAUACGUAGGAGUUUGAUAACGCUGAAAAGUGUCAUGAUGCAGGUUAGGACGGAUUACUGUCUACAGUCGCUAGUGGAGAAAGACGAUCAAUUGCUGGCCGCGUUUGAGAUGGUGAUCGAGAAGCUGACGGUCAACCCACUGCAGCUAGACUCCGUCGAGUAUCUUCGGUUGCUAGCAGAGUCGCUGGAGAAGUACUGCGAUAUUAUGCGCAGGCUCAGCAACAAUGUCACGAUUUCCGACUGGUUGUUGCGUUAUCAGCUGCAGCUGCUUAAGAUCUUCGACACGAUCGAGUUUUGUCUGAGUGAGGAACAGUUCAUAGUGAUUGGUAGCAAGGAGAAGUACACACGUACCAGCACGCAGGACGCAAUCCAUGCAGUCAAGCAGAUGAUCACACACUACAAGAUCACUAGCAGUCAGCAGCAGCAGCAGGUCCGUCGAGAGCAAACGUCGGAGUCAAGCCACAUCAAGGUCAUUGCGGCACGUCGGGGGCUUACUGAGGCGCCCGAACCGACGAUGGCACGCAGCGUCCAGGAAGGCAGUCCAAGACGCACUCCGGACACUCGACAACAGCGCGCAGACACGAUCCGCCGUCAUGCCACCAGAAGUCCGCUCGGCAUGCGGGACGAUCCGCCGCGCAGUUCGUCCAGAUGCAGCCUGGGAGCGCUCCCGUCCAAACGUGGGCCCUCGUUUGCGGUGUACCUGAAGAAUGUGUUCAUCGAGCGGGACCACAGCUUCAAGCUGCUGUGCGUGGUGCUGGACUCGGAAAUCGACGUCCGGUGGACGAAGGAUGGUAGCGACAUCACGCAAACCGGCCGCUACCGAAUGGUGCAGAAGAACGGGCUGAUCACGCUGCAGGUGGACCACGCCGAGUACGAGGAUACGGGCGUGUAUGCGUGCCACGUCUUCAACAACUACGGCCAGUCGUUCAACAAGUGCACCGUCGAGGUGUAUGAUACCAGCGAUGAUAUCAUCUGCUCGUCAUUCAGCAUACCGCACAAAAUGGCCGCGGUUGAUCUGUUCAAUGAUGGUCGCCGACCACCGCCCGACAGCGUUUCGGACGUCCGCCCGCGCGAAGAAGCAGCACCGGUCCGGCCGCAAUAG